GAACAAAAGACAGUCUGUCGAGCGAUCGAAUCGCAUUCCCACUUUGACAGUUCCCACGAAGGCUCCAUCGUCGAUCUCGGACCUGUGCGACUCCAUAUCUUCCGACCUUGUUCAGCUGAUCGUGUAACGUGACGACAUCAAGAUACGAACAAGUCCAGCUUCUGGCCUUGCGAAGACUUCUUCAUAUAAUAUCGCCAGUGUGUCGGACCAGACUGUUAACCGAGUGAUGCAUCGUGCACCGCCGAUUCGCGCACACUCGGACUCGUCGGAGUCUUCACAGCGAAAUCACUCCCGCCCCAACAGCGCACGCUUGUCCAGCAAGCCUUCGUCGCUCCAUAGCCUGCUCACAGCCCGUCAACGCCGACGCACCUUCAGCGGCACGUCGGGAGAGUUCAACGAGCUACUCAACCUGGAGACAGCGAAGUCAGUUGAAGUAUUCCGCGGCGAGGCCAGAGGCAUCCUUCACGGCAUCUUCUUCUUCCUGUUGCUGCGCUUCGUGCUGGCGCUUGUGGUCACCGUGGGCACACUAGGGGUGGCUGCGGUGAUCAUCCUUAUGGUCAAGGAACCCAACGCAUCGCUCACAAGCUACUUGCUCUUCUACUCGUGAGAGUCUGUUAUCGUACACCGCUGUUCUAUGCUCGUCUUGGUGGGUGGUAUUUAAUUGGUUGUCGCUUUGAGACAAUUCGCGCAGCGCAUAGUGAACGACUGUUGUUGCGCCUUGAGGUAAAAGAAAUAAAUCCCGGGCGAUUCUCUACAUGUAGAUGCAAUUUAUGUUCCUAGGGAGAAGAGCUAAGCUCUUAGAACUCUACUUUGACCGCGGUGAAAACCUUCCUUCUGGACAGUCAUUCGCAGGAAUACCAAAAACUAAAUACAAAGUCACGCCUUGCAUGAAAAUGCUCUGAAA